UGAAAAGAGUGUCGGCUCAGUUAGGAGGGACUCAGUGUGUCUACAGCAGGGUAGCAGAUCAAUGUCAGGAUUCACACAAUGUCAAACUGUAUAUCUUUGUAUCGUUUAGAUUUUAUAUAGGGGAAUGUUAAGGUAAUUUGUCUUAUUUGUUUUCAUAAUGAUGAAUUUAUCUGUUUAUUGUUAUUGCCAUUAAUUCUGUUGUGUGUGUGAUUAAUGCUUUAGCUUUACAAAUCUAUCACAUAAUAACUAAUAUUAGUUUAUCUACUUCAUAAUGUUAUGAUUGCUUAAUGAACCAAAUGAAGGAUUAUGGUAAACUCUACUCAGGUUUCAUAUUUUGCACUUGUUGCCUAUUUUGACACUGGGGUUUUUAAAUACUUUUAUUUCAUGAUUGUCAUGUCUCUAUAUAUUUUAACUGUUUGUGCCAAUGUUUUGCUCAUCGUGGUUAUCUGUAUGAACAGAAGCUUACAUGAGCCUAUGUACCUUUUUUCUGUGUGCAGCCUGUUUGUAAAUGAGCUGUAUGGUAGUACAGGGUUGUUUCCUUUGCUCCUGGUCCAAAUUCUCUCUAAAGUUCACACUAUUUCUGCUUCCUUUUGUUUCCUGCAGAUUUUCUGUGUACAUUGUUAUGGGAGUGUACAAUAUUUCACCUUAGCUGUCAUGUCUUAUGACAGAUACCUUGCUAUCUGUUAUCCUCUACAAUAUAACACACGUAUGACAUCCAGCAAGGUUGCAAUCCUUACUGUGUUCGUAUGGUUAUACAGUGUACUUACAACUGUUGUCAUUAUGUCUUUGAGUGUCCCUUUACAGCUGUGUGGGAACACGAUUCAAAAAGUGUACUGUGACAACUACUCCAUCGUUAAACUGGCAUGCUCUGACACCACAGUCAACAACAUUUAUGGAAUUGUUUACAUGUUUACAGUAAUCUUUGCUCUUCUAAUUUUAAUCCUUUACACUUACAUUAAGAUUCUCAAAGUUUGUUUUUCUGGUUCCAAACAGACGAGACAAAAAGCUGUCAGUACCUGCACACCUCACCUUGCUUCCCUGCUCAACUUCUCUUUUGGGGCCUUCUUUGAAAUAGUGCAGAGCAGAUUCAAUAUGAGCAGUUUACCCAUUAUGUUGCGCAUUUUUUUAUCAUUAUACUGGCUUACAUGCCAGCCGCUCUUCACCCCUGUACUGUAUGGACUGAACAUGUCCAAAAUCCGCAUCAUAUGCAAAAGUCUUGCUUUUGGUAAAAUGAUGUAGAAUACUUACUGUAUGUCAUCUGUCGUCUAACAAAUUUAUACAUACGUUUUUCUCUAAAAUUCUGGAUGUGAGGAGGGCUUAUAGGCUAUGGCUUCAGCCUACACCUUUUCACUCAUUGCUAUAAUCUUUAUAUUGUGAAUCAUUAUUUUGUCGCUGUUUAAGCACAUAUGUACAUUUUUAUGUACAGUUUUGUUUUACUAUUUAUUUUACUUUUACUGUAUUUCUUUACAGAAGAUUGAACAAUUUCUUGAACAAGUCAACCUUACUCUAGAAAAUAUGUUAGAAAACAUGUGGUAGUCUUCCCUUAUGCACAAGUCUUUAUUCGGAACAGAUGUUGCAUGUGAGCGCACAUGAGAGUCCUACACAGGUUUCAUCCUUGUUAUAACUGACUGCACUUUUGGCAAAUUGUUUAACAACAUUCAGAAUUUCAUUUAUAAUCCACAUUAAUUAGAUUUGUUGUUUCUGUUUUCGAAGGUAGGAUUAGCAAUAAGUAGUGCAGUGACUCCUCCUGCAGUCAAAACAAUACUUUGUUUUUGAUACUUUGUUUUGUUUAGUUUGUGAAGGGGGAUUUUUUGAAUUGUGGUAGCAACACCGAGGUCUCAGCUCUGAUGGAUGGAUCAGAACUUUACCCCUGCAGUGAUGUUGCUAGGUACGCGUCCUGUGUCUCUAAAAUCUGAAAAUGCUACAUUGCGAACAACAAAUACGUGUUUAAAUCAUAUAAAUAAAGAAACCUAGCUGUCAAAAAACUUGGUGUAAUUUAUUAUCAGGCUGCUCUCUGUGUCGGCUGAGUGCACACACACACACACUGAGUCGAGUUGACUACACUCGUUACUGUAAAUAAGUGCAAUAAAACCUUUGUGAGUAAAAAGCCAAUACUUUAUCAAUACACCUGUUCAACAAGCGUAAACAGGUGAACAUGUAGAAAGUGUUAUUUUAAUUGAAUCUGCUCUGUCCACAGUCUGAUCCACCGGCGCUAUGUUUACACAAGCAUAGCGAGCUAGCUCGGCUACUAGCGAAUUGUUACAAACAAGCUAAAACGAAGCUGUCUGUAUGUAUGUCUAACUGUUUAGCUUAGUUUGCCACAUACCUUAAAAUUUGGCAAAUUCUUGUAAACUUCCUGCUGGCUGAAACAAAGCAGCCCCUCACCUCUCUGCCAGGUAACUUACCUGCAGUGAGUCACAGCAGCAGCAGAGGGAGGCGGACAGAGGGCAGGAGGAGGGACUGACACUGACUGAUGUUCAGAAACAAUGAAGAACAGACUUCACUCCGUAUUUUAAUGUCAGGAAUGUGAUUUAUUACGAUAAAAUCCUAAUGAUACCCUAUUUGGGCCGCCCGUCCAGAGCCUGCCUCCCCUGUCUCCGUCCGGAACGUCGCCACUUUAUCCUCGACCCGGACCGGCCGUGUCCUCUGGGCCGACAGAACUACGCCAGACUUUUUGCACAGAUAUUAGAACAGCUACAAUAAAGACUGUU